CCCACGUGAUCCCCUUUGUACCAAAUUCCAGGAGACAUUCCGCGACUCCGUGGCCAGAUCUAUUUCCAGCCUCUAGCACCGCUCAUAUGAUUGAAGUCUACCGUACUUCGCAAUUGGAAGUCACUCCACAGCCAGAUAUGGAAACGUUUCCAACCACCUGCGGCCAAGAUGAGACGAGUACCGUUCCAUCAAGUAAUGACCUCAUGACCUUUAUCAUCGUCUCCGAUUUCUCAAAUUUCGCGUUCUGUCUUUCCUUUGUCAUACAGCAACUAAGAGAUGGAGAAGAAACGGAUAGCUAUUGUCGGUAGCGGCAUCUCCGGGCUCGGCGCCCUUUGGACGCUUCGGAAUUCUCCCCAUGAGGUGCAUUUGUACGAAGCAGCAGAUCGUCUCGGUGGCCACACCAACACAGCUACCUUUAAAUACAACGGCGACAGCACACCCGUGGACACUGGAUUCAUCGUCUUGAACGUAGCCACAUAUCCCAACUUCAUCGCUUUCCUCAACGCCCUAAAUGUCAAAACCAUCCCGUCCGAAAUGACCUUCGGCGUCUCCCGUGACCACGGCGCCUUCGAGUGGUCCGGGACGUCUCUUAGCUCCAUCUUCGCGCAGCGCGAGAACGUCUUCCGCCCGAGCUUCUGGCGCAUGAUCUUCGACAUUGUCCGUUUCAAUCUGUUUGCGUUAGACCUGCUUUCUGAACAGCAGAAUGGUGCUUCAGACGCGCAGAAAGAGCAGACGAUAGGUGAGUAUCUUGUGCAAGAGGGUUACUCGGACAGCUUUAGGGAUGACUAUAUCAUCCCCAUGACCGCGUGUGUGUGGAGUACCGGUCCGGACAAGUGCGCGCUUGAAUUCCCUGCUAUGACGCUCGUGAGAUUCAUGUGGAACCAUCAUUUGUUGAGUACGGUUGCAGAGAGGCCGCCGUGGUUGACGAUCGAGGGGGGUUCGCAGAAGUAUAUCGAUGCCGUGCUGAAAGAGACCUCAAAAGCCACUAUCCAUCUUUCUUCACCCGCCAUCUCAGUCGAGCCUCAAGAAAACGGCAAAGUCAGCCUAACCCUAGGCGGCACUCAAGAAGCAAAAACCGAGAUCUUCGACUCAGCCCUCCUAGCCUGCCACGGCGACCAAGCCCGUCACCUAAUCUCCGCAUCAGCCACUGCCGAAGAACUGCGCAUCCUCAGCGCAUUCGAAACAACCCCAAACACCGCGUACCUCCACUCAGACCUUUCUCUCAUGCCCACCCGCCGCACCGCCUGGUCCGCGUGGAACUACCUCACCCUUUCCUCCGACCCCACCACCAGCCCCAGGCCCUCACCAACCCUCCACACCGUCUCGCUAACCUACAACAUGAACAUCCUCCAAUCCCUCCCCACCUCCCUCUACGGCGACGUCCUCGUGACGCUAAACCCGCCGCACGCGCCCGCCGCGGCGCUGACCCAAGGCUCGUACGCGUACCGCCACCCGUUGUACAACGCGCGCGCUGUACAGGCACAAGAAGAGCUGGCGCGGAUCCAGGGGACGCGGGGGGUGUGGUACGCGGGCGCGUGGACCGGGUACGGGUUCCACGAGGACGGGUUUAGUAGCGGGAUACGGGCGGGGAUAGCGGUGGGGGGGAGUGUGCCGUGGGAGGUUGUGGAUGCGAAGUUUGUGCGGGGUAGGGUGCCGGUGCUGGGGUGGAGGGAGCAUGUGGCGAGGUUGGUUGUUUGGGUGAUGCAGGUGGUUAUUGGGGUUUUAGGGAGGGUGUUGGGGGAGGUGAUGGAGAAGGUGGAGGGGGUGAAGAGUGGGCGGGAGAGAGGGAAGGUGAAGGGGAUGUAG